UGGUGGUUGAUGGUGACGUUUGCAAAUCUGGCGUUUUGUGCUUUAUCGCAGGGGAGGUUUAACUGGGCAGCGACUCGGAGUUACACAAGUGCACUACUGUUACACGUCAACCUGGACAUUUAUCCACAAAGUAGGACUGUAAAUAUCACUGUGAAUACGCUGAACGGGUACAGCGGACGGCGUCUGCGAGGUUUACGGAGUUCCGCGUUGAGGAAAACACUAAUUGGAGGCCUGCUGGAAAAGGCGAUCCCCGGACUAUCCUGUGGACUCCAGGCCGAGAUGAGAGGACAUGUCACUGGGCCGAGGUGUUAACGUUGGACUCUCCUCCCUUUAUCUUGCCGAUAAGAGGGCAAGGACCUAACCUGCGAAAGGACACCAACAUUGGUGUGGAUGAGGCUGCCAUGUUGCUUUUGGAUGUUAAGGAUUGAAGUUGCCGUUGUUUCACCCCGGCCCUGUUGACACUGACAGCAUCUGAGCCGCUGAUUGCUGAGGAUUGUUUCUUCAGCUGGUUUCUAGCUUGUGACAGGUGAAGAGUCAAAACCAUCAAACAUGAACCGUUACCUGCCUGUGGCGCAGCAGCACUUUCUGACUGCUCUGGCCAGCACCAGUGUGGUGGUGAAAUCCAUCUGUGCCACAGUGCUCUUGCUGUACCUCAUAUCGUGGCUCGUGGACACACAUGUUGCGCUCGGCGUCACCCCUGGCUACCUCUUCCCACCAAACUUCUGGAUCUGGACUUUGGUGACCCACCCUGUGGUGGAACAGCACAUAUGGGGUGUGGCAGUGAAUGUUGCAACGGUGAUUAUUGCUGGGCGACUGCUGGAGCCUCUGUGGGGGGCUCUGGAGCUGCUCAUCUUCUUCGCUGUAGUGAACAUUUCUGCGGGCCUGCUUUCCGGCCUUUCUUAUGUGCUCACUUAUGCUGCCACAUUCGAUUUGAGGUAUCUGUUUGCUGUACAUGUGUUUGGCGCGCCAGCGUUUCUGGGUGGUGUUUUGGUGGCCCUGAAGCAGACUUCAGGUGAUACGACAGUACUUAGGGUGCCACAGAUUCGUCUUAAGGCGGCCCCUGCCCUAGCCCUGCUAGCGUUAGCCAUCUUGCGGCUAGCUGGGCUACUGGACAGCUCAGCGCCACUAGCAGGCUGUGGCUAUGGAGCAUUAGCAGGAUGGGUGUACUUGCGCUUCUACCAGAGACACAGCCGUGGGCGUGGGGACAUGUCGGACCACUUUGCCUUCGCCUCCUUCUUCCCUGAGGCACUGCAGCCGGCUGUGGGCUUUGUUGCUGGUCUUGUGCACGCAGCCCUGGUCAAGAUGAAGGUGUGUCGGAAAAUGGUGAAGCGCUAUGAUGUUGGAGCACCAUCCUCCAUCACCAUCAGCCUGCCUGGUACAGACCCACAGGAUGCUGAAAGGAGACGGCAACUGGCAUUGAAAGCCCUAAAUGAACGUCUAAAGCGAGUGGAGGACCAAUCUUCAUGGCCCAGUAUGGAAGACGAGGAAGAUGACGAUGAUGAUGAAGUUCGGACGGAUGCGCCUUUGCUACCAACCCGUGAUCCCUCGCCACCAGUACCCAGCUCUACCCAGAAUCCCACAGGGCAGGAGUCCAGCAUUAUAAGCUUUGAAGAUGCCCCUGCUCACUCCUAACACACACGCACACAUACACGCAUAUAAAUGAGUGCAAAAACCUCACAGUUGACCCUCAGAAUUUAAAUUAAGAUACCAUCAUAGUACCUGCUGAAGAUGUGCAGGUAGACAUGCCAUGAUCAAACCCUCAAAAAUACAAUGAAUCGCCAUAGGUCUUUAUCUGUCAAAUCAAAUACAUUGUCCUGACACAAACAAGCCUACAAAUCCACUAAUAUGCUCUUUGUAUGCUCUUAAUGUAUAAAAAGAACUUUGGACUUUCCUGAAAAUCCAUAUAUAUGGCACUCAAGGUCCUUUUUAUUUCU